AUGAAUUCUUUAAGUUUGGAUGCAUUAAUAUAUGAUUUUGUUUUAAGACAAUCAAAGAAUAGAUGGCCAUAUGGAUCAUUAAUCAUAUUUGUAUUACAUAAUGGAUUUAAAAUUAUUGAAUUGGUAUUAUUAUUAAUAAUUGAAUUAAAAGUUAAUGAAGAUUCUCUAAUAUUUGUAAUAUUAAAAUUAUUAAAAUAA